UCUCCGUUCUCUCACAAUGGUGGCGAUCUCAACAGGAAGGCCACGAAUACUGAACUCUGCAGCAAAAUGCAGUAAUCUUCGAUUUUAUUUACCAUGGAUGCAAAGAUUCUCUAAGCCACUAUCAUGCGAAUUUUUCAGAAGGGUUCGCUAUUCAUCCACAAGCAGUUUCCAUGAGAAGCUCCAGUUUAGUUAUUGUCAGGGAAUAUCUCAAAAAUGUUUCAUUGGUGAAACAAUUGGACAAAGGCUAGACAAGACAGUAAAGAAAUUCCCAGAUCUUGAAGCUUAUGUCUGCUGUGAAGACAAUGAAAGGGCCACAUUCGCUGAAUUACAAGGAGAGGUAGAUAGCCUUGCAGUUGGACUUCUUGCUACAGGGUGUAAGAAAGGUGACCGUGUUGGGAUUUGGGGCCCUAACAUGAGAGAAUGGGUCAUCACUCAGUUUGCUACAGCCAAGGCUGGAUUAAUAUUGGUGAACAUAAACCCUGCUUAUCAAGCUCCAGAAGUUGAAUAUGCUUUGAAAAAGGUUGGUUGUAAAGCAAUCAUUAUGGCUGACAGAUUUAAAACUCAAGACUACUACAACAUAUUGACACGCAUUGUACAUGAAUUGCCACAGUCAAGUCCAGGCGAUCUCUUCAAUGAAAGACUUCCUGAUCUUAAGCUAGUCGUGAUGGUUAGUAAAGACCAUCAACGAACCUUCAGAGGUACAAUGUCAUUUCAAGAGUUAAUGGAGACUGGAGGAGAAGAAGAUAGAAGAAAAUUGGUUGACUUACAGAAUGAACUCCAAUGUGAUGAUCCUAUCAACAUUCAGUUUACUUCAGGUACAACCGGUAACCCAAAAGGAGUAACACUGUCUCACCAUGGCGUUUUAAACAAUUCAUAUUACGUGGGAGAUGUUUUGGAUUAUGGGAACCAGUACUCCAGAAUAUGUAUACCAGUUCCCCUGUACCACUCCUUUGGGAUGGUGCUCGGAAGUUUAAUGAAUGCUACUUACGGAACCACCGCAGUUUAUCCAUCUCGAGGGUUUAACCCUGGUGCCGUUCUGACAGCCAUUCAACAGGAAAAGUGUAAUUCUCUUUACGGUACGCCUACGAUGUUUAUCGAUGUCUUGAAUCACCCCGCGUUAGAAAAGUUUGAUGUUAGCAGUCUUCGCACAGGUAUUAUGGGCGGUUCUCCGUGUCCUAUUGAGGUUAUGAAACAAAUCAUAACAAAGCUUCACAUGCCACAAGUUACGAUCUGCUAUGGCUUAACUGAAACAAGCCCUAUCACCACACAGACGCUGAUGAAUGACCCGAUAAAUUUGCGAAUUUCUACGGUUGGACGCGUUCAUCCAAAUGAUGAGGUGAAAAUUGUGGACAGUGAUGACCGUGUGGUGCCUGUCAACACUAUAGGAGAGAUUUGCUUUCGAGGUUACAAUGUCAUGCUGGGAUACUGGGAUGACAAGGAAAAGACUGACGCCUGCAUUGACCCAAGCGGUUGGCUCCACAGUGGGGAUUUGGCCACAAUGGACGAGAAUGGAUACAUAAAGGUCAUUGGAAGAAUAAAGGAUCUUAUUCUCCGUGGAGGAGAAAAUAUUUAUCCAACAGAAGUGGAACAAUUUUUGCACGCACAUCCUAAAAUACAGGAUGUUCAGGUAAUCGGUGUUCCGGACCCUCGGUUAGGAGAAGAAGUCUGUGCCUGGAUCAAGUUGCACGCAGGUGAAACAGCCACACCAGAAGAAAUCAAAGAAUUUUGUAAAGGCCAGAUUUCUCAUUUUAAAAUUCCUCGUUAUAUCAAAUUCGUCGAUGAAUUUCCCCUCACUGUAACGGGAAAGGUUCGGAAGUUUGUCAUGAGAGAGAAAACCAAGGAAGAGCUGAACCUUUAGAUUAAGAAGCCUGCAAGAAAAGAGAUGAGAUGAGAUGACUGCAAGAAAAGAUUUUAAAGGGUGAAUCUUCAAUGUGUAGCGGCUGGACUAUAUGGGACAUGCCCAGAAACUCUAGCGAAAUGCGUAGAGGAUAGUUCAUUUAGCCAAUCCUAUCUAGUUUUAUGAAACAAUUUUAAAUAGUGCCUUUUUGAUUUAAAAGUUAUGCGCUCUAAUAACUUGAAAUUCUUUUCUUCUUGAAUAUAAAGAAAAUUGCAUCUCGCGAAUUUAAUUACCAAGAUGACACCUAGAAAAGACAAAGGUUUCUUUUUUAUUGGAAUUGAUGAACUGUGGAGGAAUACAGGAAUGGUUGCAGUGAGAGAACGGUUCUCACUAACUAACAUGGAGACCGGUUGCAGUGAGAGAACGGUUCUAACUAACAUGGAGACCGGUUGCAGUGAGAGAACGGUUCUAACUAACAUGGAGACCGGUUGCAGUGAGAGAACGGUUCUCACUAACAUGGAGACCGGUUGCAGUGAGAGAACGGGUCUCACUAACUAACAUGGGGACUGGAGACACUUUCGUUUAAGAGACGUGUCUUUGACACAAAAUGCUGAAACCUGAAUUGUAGAUAGAUAGGUAGAUAGAUAGUUUAUUGACUAAAAACAUAGCAGCCGUAGGCCGAGUUACGUCUAGCUUACAAUCACUAAUAUAUGUAAAUACAAUAAGAAAACUAUAAGAACCCUAUAUUAUGAUAUGUAAUUAAAAAGACGAAUGUAAUCAAUUAAAUGUCUAGUUAUUAAAAACGUGACUCAGUAUAAAACUGUUCUUGCAAUGUUCAGUCGUACAUCUUGGUAAUUUAUAUGGUCUUUGGUUCUUAGGCUGUAAGUAGAUGUGUUCACUUCUGGAAAAAGUGAAUGUAAUUUGUGUCCCUCAUUUAUAGAGAUCUCGACGAAGAGUUUCGAGGAGAUUUCUUCUCUUCUUUUAGAUAUUGUAGGUAAUCCUGACGCGCUUAAGGCUUCAGCAUAAGACAAGGUAGGGUAAAUGAUCCGUCUUUCCCCGCGUCUUUGUGGACGUUCCAAAUCGUCGUCCAGAUAAGCUGGUAGUGCACGGUUGAAAACUGGACAAGCAUAUUCCAGGAGGGACCGGAUACACGUACAGUAAAAUAGAAUAAGUUCUUUCGGAGCAACUCUCGAUCUCUUAUGUUGCUUUAAGCAAUAAAGGUGAGAAGAGUUUUUUUCUUUACUAAUUCAGAGAUGUGUCCGUUACAUUUGAGAUCAUUACUAAUAUUCAGCCCCAGGAUUUUAGAACUAGAAACUACUUCGAGGGGCUUGCCGUUUACUUCAACAGGG